AUGGUAGGACCAUGGAUCAUGCUGACUGAAAGAGCAUUAGCUAGUAAGGCAAAUGUCAUCGAUUACUUUGAAAAGGCUUAUCAAGAUUUGCACUAUAUUAGAGAGGUUAGGAAAUAUCUGAUUGAAAACGACCUCGAUGAUGAUGCUAGAAAAAAGCUCGAAAAAGAAUUAAAAGAUGUUGCUGAGAAUUACUUUCCUAAACAAGAGAAAGAUAUGAUUUCAUCUGUAAUUACCAUCAGCGACGGUUUAAAAUUAUUCCGAGAAAUUUUUGAUGAAGGAAAUUACACUGAAUUGAUCAACAUGUUGGAUGAUUGA